AUGGGUUACUCCGAACCCACAUUCCCGUUGAACGGCCACUGUUCUGUCGUCCACGAUGGCACGCUCUAUGUUUAUUCAUCUGCUGGUUUCCAGUCGCUGAAGCUUGAAGAGGGGGCGGAAUGGACGGCAAUGCCCAUGGACAUAUCGCUGUCAGGGGCCGCCUGCGUCAACGCCGAGGCGGCUGGAAUGAUGUAUAUUGUCGGAGGAGCAGUCAAUGAGACGACUUCCACGUGGAACUACCCCGGACUGAUGCACUACACAUUCAAGGAGAAGAAGUGGGAUUGGUUGCGGGCCGAAAGCUGGAACACACAGAACCGACAGAACCACGGCGCAGUCUAUCUUGAGAAGGCGAAGAAGCUCCUCAUCUACUCUGGAUCGCAGACCACUGGAGCCAACGGACCCUCCUCGGAAACGUUUCUCAUGUCCACCGUCCCGCCUUACACCGUCGAAAGCCAGCCAUCCAAUGGCGCACCGCCGCUAGUGAAGCCCAUGCUCAUCAGCAUGGACGACGAAUCAGCUCUGCUUGUUGGUGGAGGUGCUGCUAACACAGCUCUCUGGAAGUUCAGCAUCGGGACCGGCUGGCAAGACCUAGGAGUCGCGCUCCAGCAGCCAAUCGUGAAUCCCGAGGCCGUCCAAUGUACCGUGGUGUCCGGCAAGGGCAAGAGUAGGGUGCUUGAAAAGUUCGACAUGAGCGUCACACCAAACAAGGUCGAUCGCAUCCUCCUGAUCAAGGAAGAUGGCACUCCUGCUGCUCCCGGCGCAACUCCUGGAAAAGCGAAGCGUGUCACCGUGGACAGUUGGCCCGAGUACAACUCAACAUAUGCGCCGACUUCUGCACGCUCAGGCUACUCUCUUGCACAGUCCAAAGAGGGACUCACCGUUGCCAGUGGAGGCAAUCAGUCUGAUCCAAUCGUAUUGUUUGACGCAAAAGAGAAUUCGUGGAUGAAUGCCACGGCAUUGUUCUCUGGACAGCAGGUCAUUUCAAACUCGGUGAGCUCCUCUUCUUCGCCAACCAGUUCGCCAACCUCAACACCCGUGUCGUCCACUACUCCGAGCUCAUCUGGCGAUGCUGCAGUACUGCCAGUCGCACCUGACAACAAGGCCAAGAUGAUGACAGUCCUGGGAGCCACACUCGGCACCAUCUUUGGCAUUGCCGCUAUUCUCAUUCUGAUACUCAUGUGCCUCAAGUACAGGAAGAGCAAGAGCAAGCAAAGCCAAGGUUACGUAGAAAAGGAUCGCAUGAGCUUCGCGGACCGUGGAGCGGACUUUAUGAAGGAAGCUGGUGGAUCAGAAGUGACCCAUCCCUACAACUUGGGUAACGACUCGCACACCUCUUUGGCCAUUAUCCAAGGCCGUGGUGUGAACGGCCACAAGAAGAACAUGGCCAGCGAUGCUAGCACCGCGGGUCUCAUGAAGAAGACAAGUCCACUAGGAUAUUCAGAUCCUGUCGAGUUGUCAAAGUUCGAUCUGAAGCCCGAGCCCGUAAACGAUAAAAUGGUGCGACAGAACUCUGGCCGUGUGCCCGCUAUGACCAAAUCAACCCCGCGCUCUCGAAGCUCUGGAUGGAGUCGUUACUUUGCAAACAACGAGGCGACGAACCUCGCGAACGUACAAGCGGAUCGCUCAACCUACGCUUCGGAUCGGACAAGCACAGUCAGUCAAUCACAGUACACCAACUCACGAAUCUACAACCAGCAUCUAUCACAGCAUGUAGCACCACUCCAGAUUCCUACAUUCGACGGACAGCGUCUGAGCAGAGUCGCCAGUGGGAGCCCAACGCUUGGAAGCUCGACAGAGAGACUGCCCCACCAAGUGCAGCCCAUGCAAGCUGAGCUAGGUCGCGCCAAUUCGAACGGUAGCACCCGAUCCGGUGUGAGCUACAAUGAACACUAUUUCCGCGACCCCGUGGAAAGUUGGACGCCUGUCGGUGAAAACCAGAGAACCAGCAGCGCGUACACUGGCAGCAUGGUUUUCGACUCAAACAAUAACAACAAGAACGACGCCACUAGCUCUUACUACCCUGAUGGCACUGAUUCUUUCUACCCAAAGAGCAACUUCAGUUCUUUCUACCCAGGCCAAGGAACCACUGUCAUUCCAGACAAUCGCGAUAGCUCAAACACCAUGUUCCCUUCAGGGAACCGGCCAGCUGCCCCGACUGAUGAGAUGCCCAAGAGUAAAUUCAGCUCAAUGUAUCCAUCUCCACCGCGGAUUGGUCUCCCGCAGGAGCGCGAGAGCACAGUCACUCUCUUUCCAGGACCCAACCCUUCAGCAGCAGCUCCUUCAUCGAACAACCAGCCAAGUUCCUUCUACCCUGCCCCUCGUUUAGGACAUGAAAGCACAUCCACAAUGUUCCCCGGUCCCGGCGGAGCACAAAACAAGUCCAAGGAUGGACAGUCAGACAUGUCAUGGCUGAACCUAGGAACUGGCCGUUAA